ACGUUAGAUAACAGGGUAGCUACUUGUAAACGCCCUUGCUCCCCCUUCCCUCCUCUCUCUGUCUCUCUCCCUUUCUCAUUCACUCACUCACUCACUCACCUGUCACCUCUCCUCUUGACCGCACCUCCAUACCCUCGGCCAGUCCAGCACGCCCCUCGCCUCCCGCCAACUUUUCCGCCAGAAUGAACGGCGAGAGCAAACUUGAAGACCUCCUCUCGCAGUUGGGCACCGGGACAUGGAACUUACUCUAUUUCUUCGGCGCCGCGUUCUGGUACAUGCUGAUCCCGCCCCAGACCUUCUCCUCGGUGUAUCUGGCGCCCAUUGUCAACCACACGUGUCUUCCAUCUCUUGACCAACAACGUCUCCCAUAUCUCAGAGGACUCGUGUAGUUACUUCAGGGUCACUUCUGAAGGGCUGCAGGAGGAGCAGUGCACACAGUGGCUCUAUGAUGGACCCAGUGUUCGAAAGCACCCUCACCUCGCAGUUCAACCUGGUGUGCGGGCGAGCCUACCUGCGCGCCACCUACCAGAGCAUGUACUCCUUCUCUUCCAUCGCCGGGUCCCUGGUCAGUGGAUUCGCUGCUGACAGGUACGGAAGGAAGCCAGUGGUGGUGGUGUCGCAGAUCUUGUACGUUGCCACUGCUAUCGGUAUCACUUUCCUGUCCAGCUUCAAUGGGAUUCUGGCCUUCCGCUUCAUCCUGGGAUCCCUCGGCACGCCCACCUUCUACAUGAUGGGCAUGGAGGUGUGUGAGACCAAGUGGCGCUCCCUGGUGGGCAUCGUGAUGGCGCUGCCCUGGGCCAUUGGUACCAUGUUGUGGGGCGGCGCUGGCUAUCUCAUCAGAGACUGGUAUUGGCUACAGCUCUUCGUCUCCCUUCCCACGCUCAUCGUCAUCCCUGUGCUGUUCUUGAUUGACGAGUCUCCUAGGUGGCUUAUCGUAACGGGAAGACACGAUAAGGCUCUGAAGGUGCUGCGUCGCGCCUCGAGGCUCAACAAAACCACGCUGCCUUCCGAUAGUCAACUUUUGUCUAUGUUCAAGGAGAUCGAACAUGAGAACGAGCAGCCAAUCGUUAAGACAGACAGCAUCACUAGUCUAGGAGUGAUCGGGGGUGGGGAUGGACGUUGCGCCCUCUCCUGGCCCAAGCUACUGAGCACCAACAAGAUGAGAAUCGUGAUCCUAGCGCUGACUGUCAACCUCUUCAUCUCGUCCCUGGUCUACUGCGGCCUGAGUCUGAGCGGCGCCACCUACAGCACCGACCCCUUCCUGUACAUGGUACUGAGUGGCCUGAUGGAGACGCCCGGCUACUCCCUUACGGCGCCCAUCAUCAAGAAGUGGGGCAGGAAGGUCCCCACCAUGAUUGGGUUCUUUAUUUGUGGAGUUGUCAUCCUGUCCCUCGCCUUCAUUCCUUCAGAGAUCUCCUGGUUAGUGAUGACCUUCGCAUUGUUGGGCAAGCUCACCAUCAGCGGCUCCUUCAUGAUCCUCUUCGUCUACGAGGCUGAGCUGCUGCCGACCGAGGUGCGGCUUAUGGGUCUUGCAGUAACCAUCAUCGCAGCUAACUUGGCCGGGAGCUUUUCCGCCUACAUCGCUGACUACUUGAGUCCGUUGGUGCCGUGGCUUCCCUCCGUCAUCUUCGGUGUGUCCUCCUUCGUGGCCUGCUUGAUGCUGAUCCCACUGCCGGAGACGCUGGGAAUGCCCCUGCCAGACACUAUAGAGGAUCUGACGAGGCUGUGGAGGAGCAAGGGAAAGAAACUCAGCUACACAGGAGACGACGACAGUCAGACGGAGAAGCUGACGACGUAGUAGCGGCGGGGCGUCCGUGCCUUGUGUGAGGAGGAAGCGGAGAAGGAACAUAGUCUCCCUUUACUUAUUGUAUGGAUUCCUUUUCCUUUCAAAGCCCAGGAGAUGAAUCUUGCCCAUUGUGUCAGGUCAGAUGGUGGAGAGAACAAUGAAUGAGGGAGUGUGUGUUUAUUAGGGUACUCCUAUUUACUUAUAUUUUCCUUUUUUUUUUUACUUACAUUCAAAUCAGUAUCGCAAUUUGGCAUUAGAUGCUAAAUAAGUUGUUGUUUUGCAUUAUCAUUAUUCUUUUCAAUGUCAUAUUUCCGGUGUGUCUGCAAUCCGGUGGAUCUUUUCAUUUCAACUUGGUGGAUUUCAGCAACCACGCAAAAACAAAACAACAUCAGAACUCUUCACCUUACUCAGAAGAUUCAGUGGCUUAGGUUGUUAGUAUUAAAACUAUGCGUGCCUUCACUAUCCAACAUUUCCAUUUGAUACUCACUAUUUCGUCACGUGACCGCGUUGUUGCGGCGCAAAAAUACCAUUCAGUCAAUCACUCACUCAUCUUCAGUAUCUAUUGUUCAUGUUUACUGUAAAAAAAUAAAAAAAGUAUUAAUGAACCACUACGAGAGGGGAAAAGGUACAAAAAUAUAUAUAAGCAAAGGAC